AUGGAUAAAAGCGCCGAGAAAAUAGUGACUGGUUCUCCUCUUUCAGCUAUUGUUGUAGAGAAUAGAGAGAAUGUCAGCAAGGAAAAAGUAGAUAUUAUUCAAAAGUCCGAAGACAUUGCUAGCGAAAAUGAUACAGUAGAUGAGCAUAGCAGUAAUUCCAAUGAUAGUAAAUCUGACAAUAAUGAUGAAGAUCAUGACGUAAAACAUGAGAAAGAUGCUAAGAAUAAUGCCAGUGCUGAUCCUGAAUAUUUUAUGAAGGAAAGAUCUGCUUUGGAUGAUCAGACUGUAACAUCAACUUCAGCGACUGAAGAUGAAAGUAAAGAAAAGUAUGAACAGGAUCCAUUAAAGCAUGAAAGCAUUGCCCAUAACCAUAGCGGUAGCAGCAAGAAAUCAUCUAGCGACGAUGAUAGUAUACCCCUGAGCGAUGAUAUUGUAACUACCAGUGUAUCCAAUGAUAGUGAUGACAAUGCUUCGGAGUUGCUUGUUAGCACACCACGAAAGAGGAAUGAUAUAGCAGAAUCGGAAGAAAAUCAUGAAGUAAAAAAGAUGAAAAAGGAUUCGGAAGAUCAGGACUGCUUAGUAAAGGAAGGAUAUCCAAGAAAAUUUAAUACCGCGAAACGGAAACAUAAGAAGUCUUGUUUAAUCAACAGUAAAUCGUCAUCCUUUUGGUAUCCAAUUCCUAGCAAGUAUUUAGUAAUCACUGGGGCUAAAAAAGAUACCUUGAUAACAUUACGCAAAUGUUCUAAGCAUUCUGUAAGACAAAAGCAAGUUCCAUAUCGAUUGCAAACUAUUGACUCUAGUUUAAAUCGGACGCCCGCUGGUACAUGUUUUAAAAAACUCUUCGAGAUGAUAUUUACUCAUGGACAAAUCACUGGUACAAAAGAUUUGCAAGCCAUCUUACGGUUUGGAUUUUGCUAUAUACGCAAAAGCGACAUGAUUAAGAAGAGGAUAAAAGAACGAACUAAUUCAUCUGAUAAAUCACUCUAUUUUACUGCAUCAGAUAUAUUAUACGCCAUUAAUGGUUUAUUACCUUAUUCAAUGCAUGAAGGUACCUUACCGAAUAGAUUGCAGCGUACCAUUGAACAUAUCUUCUACAAUCAAUUGUCGAAAGACUAUCGUUCACAGCUAGAUUGUCUUGUUAAAAAGCGAAAUUUAAUAAUUAUACAAGAUCUGGAUACGGAUUGUGACGAAGUUGUCACUUAUGAGAUCAAAUAUAAGGAUGAUUCGAAAGUAUAUAUUUUCUCCGAAGAAAAUGAUUAUGUCACAGCUGAAGAGAACUUAAUCCAGUCUCCUUUAUGUAUCGAUUUAGUAAGAGGUAAUAAUUCUAAUUUUGAUUUACGCUAUGAAUUAAAUCGUAUCAAAACAACGUCGAAUUUGCAAGAGAAACCUUACAAGGUUAUAUCAGAACUUAAUCAGGGCCACUUUAAGUUCAAAAAUGAAUGCAUCAAAAUUAAGAAGAAGUAUUGCAACAAGAUUGAAAGUUUUAAAAAAGUGAUUACAAAACGUUAUACCAGCUCUGAAAGGACUAUAAAUAAAACAGUCAGUAAUCCAUUGUGGAAAUGUUGUACCUAUGUUGAUAAGCAAGUCCAUGAAUAUCAUCAUUUUGAUGUACGUCAAAGGAUUUUCAAUAACAAGAAUGUAUAUCUUGAGGCUCAUUUUGAAUUUAAUGCUGAAGAUUGGUAUCAGCCAAGUAAUGGAAAGUUAUGUGAUUCUGUAGUAAGUAACUUUUAUAAAUUUGGUCCUGAAGUUGUCUCGGUGUGGAAGGAUAGUAAUCAUCGUUUCAGAAUAGCUUGUUGA